AUGCUGUCUUUUUCUCCUUCCCCCAUUUUCACCGGCAAUUGGGACAAUCGCCCGGUCAUUUCAUCGCCUCUGUCUUCCUCACCCGUUCGCGCAUCAUCGCCAAUCGAGCGGAACGCGCAUCCUCAACGACAAAUCCAAUCUUCUCCCAUCAAACCUCCCAAAUUCAAGUUUGCUUCUCGCCCGACGCGGCCGAAUCCCCUGAAUCGCAAACGGGAGGAGGUACAAGACAGCAGACGUCAACAGUUUCUUCAGAAUGUCAAGCAAAGUCGUGAAGACAAGGCCUGGCAACGAAGAGACAUCGAAGGACAGUUCUUGAAAACAAAUUAUCUGGCAGAUAGAGGACAGCUAUUACAUGAUGCUCCAGAAGUUACUGAAGCAGACAUCGAAGAGGCCAUGACCUUUUAUCAAGAACACCCCCCAAUCCCUGAGGAGGAUGAGAUGAUGAUGGAUGAAGAAGAGCAGCUCGAGGCUAUGUUGGCAUCUUACGAAGAACAGCAGAUGAUGUCCUCUCAGCGACCACCGUCACCUACACUAUCAGAGGAAGACUAUGAUGACGUCUUUGCUGAACUUAUUGCACAAGAGCAGGCACAGCGAAGCUUGCAAAUGCAACCACAAGACCAAAUGGAUACUUCUGGGGAUAUUGAGAUGCAAUAG